AUGGCAUCAAAGAGAAGACUGUCUGAGGAAAACCACGUUUGUCCGGACCCUGUGAAGACAUCCAUUCCAGAACAAGCUGCUGAAGUUGCAGAAGAACUGGCCAAAACUCAUCCUAUCAGAGAAGAAACACCUUUAGUGCAUCAUGAUGCUGGUGAGUUCAAUGGGUUGAUUCGUCACAAGACUACAGCUGAACAAGCUGAAAAAUUAGAAGAUAGUAACGUUAAUCCAUUCACUGGUAGAAAUUUUAGCUCAAAAUACUUUGAAAUUCUUAAAGUUAGACGUGAUUUACCUGUUCAUGCUCAACGUGCUGAGUUUUUAAGGAUAUAUCAAGAGAAUCAAAUUAUGGUCUUUGUCGGUGAGACUGGUUCUGGUAAGACUACUCAAAUCCCACAGUUCGUACUAUUCGACGAAAUGCCUCAUUUGGAAAAUACUCAAGUAGCUUGUACACAACCUCGUAGGGUUGCCGCUAUGAGUGUUGCCCAAAGAGUUGCUGAGGAAAUGGAUGUGAAACUAGGUGAAGAAGUCGGUUACUCCAUCAGAUUUGAAAAUAAAACCUCUAACAAGACCAUAUUAAAAUAUAUGACCGAUGGUAUGUUAUUAAGAGAGGCUAUGGAAGAUCACGAUCUUUCUCGUUAUUCCUGUAUUGUUCUGGAUGAAGCACAUGAACGUACUUUGGCCACUGAUAUCUUAAUGGGUUUAUUGAAACAAGUUGUCGUUAGAAGACCUGACUUGAAAUUGAUUAUCAUGUCUGCUACCUUGGAUGCCGAGAAAUUCCAACGUUACUUCUGUGAUGCACCAUUACUAGCAGUUCCAGGUAGAACUUUCCCAGUUGAAUUGUACUAUACUCCAGAAUUUCAAAGGGAUUAUUUAGAUUCUGCUAUUAGAACCGUUUUACAAAUCCAUGCUACAGAAGAUGCUGGUGAUAUUUUAUUAUUUUUAACUGGUGAAGAUGAAAUUGAAGAAGCCGUGAGAAAGAUUUCUUUGGAGGCAGAUCAAUUGGUUAGAGAAGAAGGGUGUGGUCCAGUGUCUGUGUAUCCAUUAUAUGGUUCUUUACCACCUCAUCAACAACAACGUAUCUUUGAACCAGCUCCAGAGUCUCAUAACGGUAGGCCAGGAAGAAAAGUCGUUAUCUCGACCAAUAUUGCCGAAACUUCUUUGACCAUUGAUGGUAUCGUGUACGUUGUUGAUCCAGGUUUCUCCAAACAAAAAGUUUAUAACCCAAGAAUUAGAGUCGAAUCUCUAUUGGUGUCUCCAAUCUCCAAGGCAUCUGCCCAACAGAGAGCUGGUAGAGCUGGUCGUACUAGACCAGGUAAAUGUUUCAGAUUGUACACCGAAGAAGCAUUCCAAAAGGAAUUGAUUGAACAAAGUUAUCCAGAAAUCUUGCGUUCCAAUUUAUCCUCUACGGUGUUAGAAUUGAAAAAACUUGGUGUUGAUGAUUUAGUUCAUUUCGAUUUUAUGGAUCCACCUGCUCCAGAAACAAUGAUGAGAGCUCUAGAAGAAUUGAACUAUUUAGCUUGUUUGGACAAUGACGGUAAUUUGACCGCGUUGGGACGUCUUGCCUCUCAAUUCCCAUUAGACCCUAUGUUAGCGGUUAUGUUGAUUGGUUCCUUCGAGUUCUAUUGUUCUCAAGAAAUUUUGACUAUUGUAGCUAUGUUAUCUGUGCCGAACGUAUUUAUUCGUCCACCAAAGGAUAAGAAACGUUCUGAUUCGUACAAGAAUAUUUUUGCUCACCCAGAUGGUGAUCAUAUCACUUUAUUGAAUGUGUAUCAUGCUUUCAAAUCUGAUGAAGCCUAUGAGUAUGGUAUUCACAAAUGGUGUCGUGACCACUAUUUGAAUUACAGAUCUUUGGCAUCAGCUGAUAAUAUUCGUGCUCAAUUAGAAAGAUUAAUGAUACGUCAUAAUUUGGACUUAAAUACUACAGAUUAUGAAAGUCCCAAAUAUUUUGAUAACAUCAGAAAGGCUCUUGCUUCAGGUUUCUUCAUGCAAGUUGCUAAGAAGAGAUCCAGUGGUAAAGGUUACAUAACAGUAAAGGACAACCAAGAUGUUCUAUUACAUCCAAGUACUGUCUUGGGCCAUGAUUCAGAAUGGGUCAUCUACAAUGAAUUCGUUUUGACCUCCCAGAACUAUAUCAGAACUGUGACUUCAGUUAGACCUGAAUGGUUGAUAGAGUUAGCUCCAGCUUACUAUGAUUUGGAUAAUUUCCAAAAGGGUGAUGUGAAGAUGUCUCUAGAGAGGAUCCAAGAAAAGGUCAACAGAGCCAAAGAACUUAACGACGUGAGAAAAGAUAAGAAACAAAAACAUAAAAGUAAACAUUAG